AUGAUAAGUCCAUACAACCGAACAUUUGCUAGUUCGUCAAAAAUUAACACCACUCUCCGAGAGCCAGAAGUAGACACUUUACAAAGGCAGUUAGAUUCAUUAACUAUCAAACUUGAGCAUGAGCGCCGACAGUCUUCAUAUCUAGACGAGCAGAUUAGAUUAGCAGAGCUCGAUUUAAAAGGAAAAACUGAUAAAGAUAGCGCUGCAAAACAAAAUCCAGGCAAAUCCCUCCAGUUUAAGCUUCAAAAACUUGAACGAAAGCUUUGCCUUGAGCUUAAUCAGUGCAACGAUACUGCUAAUGAGAACAAUGAGCUUAAAUUACAAAUAGAAGAACACAGAAGAGAUAAAAUGCAUUAUAAGCGAAAUUUAGAUUCCCUUAAAGAAGAUAUGAUUAGAUACUCUAUCAAGGCUAAGGUGCAGAAUAAAGAAACAAGAAAAGGCUCUGAAUCUGUAGAUAGGCAAAGAGAAAAAAUUCAAAUGAUGAGAAGCAGAAGUGUAUUACUUAGAAAUAAGUACGGAAAUAGGGUAACUCAACUUCAAAGUGUAUUGAGAGAAGAAAGAGCAAGCAGAUUCAGAUUUAUCAAAGAAAUCGAAAAUUCUAACAUUCAAAAAGCUAAUUUAGGAAUAGCUGACACAAUUAAUGGCUUAUUAGCAAGAUGAAAAAGAAUUUGUAAAGGCAAGAAGAAGGCUUUGGAUUUUUAUAUAAAAAAUAUUAAGGUACUAGAAAACGCGUUUGAUCAAAUUAGAGAAGCCACUGGGAUGGCAAGAAUUGAAGAAAUUGUAACAGCUUUUAUUAAAAGUGAAGAUCAGAAUUAUGAAUUGUGCUCAUACAUUAAUAAGCUGAACUCAGAAAUCGAUUCGCUUGAAGAAGCUCUUAAAAGAAGCACUCAAUUUAUGACUUCUUAUCAAGAGUCUAAAGAUUCAAGAGAUAAUAUAAAUUAAAUAAAUAUAGGAUUAUAUCUAUUGUUCUAAAAAAAAGCAUAUUAAUCUAAAAAAUGAUAAAAAAGGAAAUGAUUACAAAAGUAAUCUUGAAAAUCGGUUUGCUCGUGUUAAGCGUAAAAAUUCUCAAAAAAUUUCACAACUCUUUGCUGUUCAGAAUGGGACAAAUGCAAUCGGCCCUGUGAUUUGAAAAAUCCAAGUUCUUUGCAAGUCAACAUCUUUAGAUAUCAGAUUUCCAAGCUCACAUAAUUUUAAUAAUGAAGAAUCGUUAUCAGAGGAUCAUUUGGUUACUGCACUUGGGGAAAUUGAAGAAUAUAUAAAUUACAUUUUAUUCUUAACUAAAUAAAAUUUGCUAUUAAUACCUUUAUUAUACUUAAAAAUUAAAAUUACUUAUUAAUUCAGCUUGCCGAUAAGAAAUCAGUUCAAAACUAUAUACUUCUUCAAAACCAAGACCAAGGCGAAUUAAACACAACUUUGAAAACUAUUCCUCUUGAUAUUUUAAAUGAAAAAAGCUUUGAGAAAAAGCCUCCAGCUAUUGAUAACAUCUUUUUAACUACCAGUGAUCUUUACGAUGAGCAUACACUAGAUGAAUUCCACCAUCCACUUACAACGAGUGAUCUUCAGUUAAAAGCAAGAACUAUUUAUGACGCGUCUCUAACAUUUGAUACUUCAGCUAAAAAAACUGGCUUUAAAUUCGAUAAUAUAUAA